CGCAUGCAGCCUACUUAGACUAAAUCCCUACAGCACUACCUACUCUCCAUCUGCUAUUCACAGCGAUGUCCUUUAUACUUGGCUUGUACCGAUUCUGGCGGGAAGAACGCAAGAGGCCCGCAGUGAACGCUGAAAAGAAAGUCGAGUUUGAACAAUGGGAGAAGAGUGCCACAGUCGGUAAGAAGUGAGCCUGCUUAGACAUACACAGAGCUAAUCAUGACCCUGGGCAGACGACAUACGAACCCUCUUCCUAGCCACCCUCACAGAGGGAAACCAAGACAUGCACGGGGCUGUCAUCAAGCGCGCUCAAAUUGAACAGUUCAACGUAGACAUGGCAGCUUUUGCCAAAUCCCCCAAUGAAGAAAUAGAGAUGCACUCAGUUACCGACCGUCUAGUCCAGGUUCAGCACCAGGCCGAGAAGCACAAUGCUGUGAUCGGCGCAAUUCCAGCCCUGGAAGCUCUGAUCACCUCGCACGCGCACUUCCCAUUCACAAACCCAGUCAUGCUCACAAGAGACGCCCUGCUCCGAGCAGUCCUGCUUCUGACAGACCACGCCAGCUUACCCUUCAGGCAAGCAUGCCAGGUAGGAGAUGACUACGAGAUACGGACGCACUCGGAGAAAGAGCGACUCAGGUUCAUCUACUCGGCUCUAGCAUGUUCUCCUAUCGGAGUCCCAACACAGGACGACGUUCUAGAUGUUGUGAGUAGAGUGGAGUACCCGUGGCGAACGUGGGCAAAGGGUAUCAUUAGGCGCCAACUUCUGGAUGACUUUAGGCCGUUAGCGGAACGGCUGGCACCAGCGAGGGAUGUAGAGGUGCCGGAGAGUCUGCCAGUAAAGAAAUUGGAACCGUUGCGAGAGCUCGCGACGGCGUUUCCACUGCGGUGGGGAGAUCCUGCGGCGGUUGUGGGGUUUGGAGGCGAGGGAGCUGUGACAAGGGAGCAAUUUGUCGAAUGGGCAACUAAGGUAAGAAAUUAUCCUCGAGCUAUGGUAUUGUACUUGGCUAAAUCGUAACAGGUUCAACUGCUGGAUGUUUUGGAUCAAGUGUUUGGUGUUCUUGUACAUGAUGGAGAGGAUGUUGCGCUCUCAUCCGACUCUGAGGAGUGAAGCUUCGUUAAAGUUCAUUUCGAAACCUGUAACCCGAUGAUCUUGUGUUGUAGACGUACAUUUGAACUCGUGAAGAAUAAACAUGCG